AUGAAGGUUCUUGAGAUCAUGGCCUGCGUGGCCGCGGUUACGCCGCUGGUCGCUGCAGACUGGCAAUUCAAAACUCGGACGGACUUGGCGCCGCCUCGUCUGAAUAUCACUAUCUCCGCAACGGCCGAUGUCGAGAAAGGCUACCUCUUCGUAGCGCCUUUCCCGGGCGAGGUAAACACCCCCGGCUCGCAUGGGCCGCGUCAGCAGGGUCCGUACAUCUUCCGCGAUGACGGCGAGCUUGUCUGGUCGGGAUAUACCUACUUUUCCAUCUGGGCCGCCAAUUUCCAAAAGGCACGAUGGAGAGGCCAGGAUGUACUUUUUAGCUUCGAGGGCGACCACAACCCGGGCUACGGCCACGGUCACGGCCACGCGACGCUUCUGAACCAGCGCUAUGAAACUAUCCGGGAGCUGCGCGCGGGCAACCACAAGCUCAUGGACAAGCAUGAAUUCCACAUUAUCAAUGAGGAGACCGCCCUGAUCCAGGUCUACCAGCCCGUUCCCCGCGACCUGAGCCGCUGGGGUGGUAGUGCCGAGCAGCAAUGGAUUGUUGAUGCCAUCAUCCAGGAACUGGAUAUCGAGACCGGCGAACUUCUCUUUGAAUGGUCCAGUCUCGAGCACGUUAGUCCCGAUGAGGCCGUUCUUCCUCUCAACCCCGGCCAGGCUGGCGCAGGCUACAACUCGUCGGACGCAUGGGACUACUUCCAUAUCAACUCCGUUGACAAGGAUGCAAACGGUGACUACUUGAUCUCGGCUCGGGAUGCCUGUGCCGUCCACAAGAUCAACGGUACCACUGGCGAGAUCAUCUGGCGCCUCGGUGGUCGCAACUCUGAUUUCAAGCUUGGCUCAAAUGUCGCAUUCUGCUUCCAGCACCAUGCGCGGUUCGUAUCGCAAGGUAAGAAUGAAGAGAUUAUCUCCCUCUACGACAACUCUGCACAUGGAACAGAGAACAACCGUGGCCACGAGGUCCACACGCACCCCUUCUCCCAGGGCAAGAUCAUCUCGGUCAACACGGCCAAAUGGACGGCGGAGAUUGUCCAGGCCUUCCAACCUCCUGACGGUCUUCUGUCCAAGUCCCAGGGCAGCACACAGCUCCUGCCCAAUGGCAACGUUCUGGUGAAUUGGGGCUCCGAGGGCGCAAUGACGGAAUUCAAGGCGGAUGGCAACGCCAUUUUCCACGCGUACAUGGACUCCGACUUCCUAUUUGAGGGCGUUGAGAACUACCGUGCGUUUCGCUACAACUGGACUGGACUGCCCACCGAGGAGCCGGCCAUUGUGGCUGAGAAGACCUCUGCGGGUACUGCCAUCUAUGUGUCCUGGAACGGCGACACUGAGACUGCCGCGUGGAACUUCUUUGCCAUCACGGAUCGCUACGGGUCCCGCGCAUACCUGGGACAAGCGUCCCGCGAUGGAUUCGAGACCUCGUUCGAGGUGACAGGUCACUCGUACCAGACCGUGGCCGCCGAGGCUAUCUCUGCCAGCGGCCGAGUGCUUGCAACUACGCGGGUGACGCAGAUCCAGCAGGAAGUGCUGCCUCCUUCGUCGUCUGUGUCCACUACCAAUGCUCAGUCGGAUAGCUUGUGGGCGCAGGUGGUCUUCCACGGAGAGAUUUGA